CCAUCCUUCUUCCCUAUCCCACCUUCUCUCUCUCUCUCUCUCUCUCUCUCUCUGGACGCCUACGGCUCACAGCUCAAAAGAAGCCCCACGCGGUUUGCAAAGCAGAGGCUUUAGCCUAGCCGGAGUGGUCGCUUGUUAAGCGUACCUCCCGGUGACGCCACACCUCUUCCCUCAUCCUGGACCUUCGUCGUUGACCCAGGAGUCGCUGCUCCAUGAAGUGAGGCCAGUUGCGUCGGCGCUUUGGGAAGAGCUCGCGAUGGCGAUCGCCGACGGCAAGGCGGAUGGGAAGGGGUGGGGAAUCUUCCGGCUGCGCUUCUUUGGCGGUGGGGGAGGAGGCGGAGGUGGUGCUGGCUCGUCCUCCUCGAACUCAUCGUCGACGCUUAGCUUGACGCACCACCGCCACUCCCGCUCGUCGGGGCGGAGCCAGAUGGGGCAGGUGUAUCGAGGAGCCGCUGCGGCGCCGGCGGCGAGGAGCAACCCCGGUGCGAGCUCGAUCUCCUCGGUGGCCUGGUCGUUGCUGCCAACCAGGCGCCGCUUACGGCUGGAUCCGACCUCCAAGCUCUACUUCCCUUAUGAACCUGGAAAACAGGUUCGAAGUGCAGUCAGGAUAAAGAACACCAGCAAAUCACAUGUGGCAUUUAAGUUUCAAACAACUGCACCAAAGAGCUGUUUCAUGCGUCCUCCUGGAGGGAUUCUUUCCCCAGGGGAGAGUAUCAUUGCAACUGUUUUCAAGUUUGUCGAGCAGCCAGAGAAUAAUGAGAGGCCACUGGAUCAAAAGAGCAACGUUAAGUUUAAGAUCGUUAGUCUGAAGGUGAAUGGGCCUGUGGAAUAUGUACCAGAGCUAUUUGAUGAACAGAAGGAUCAUGUUUCAGUAGAGCAAAUUCUGCGGGUAGUUUUCUUGGACCCUGAUCGACCUUGCUCUCAAAUGGAGAAGUUGAAGAGGCAGCUCGCCGAAGCUGAGGCGGCAGUUGAGGCACGUAAGAAGCCUCCAGAAGACACGGGUCCUCGUAUUGUUGGAGAAGGACUGGUUAUAGAUGAAUGGAAGGAAAGAAGGGAAAGGUAUCUUGCACGGCAGCAGGUUGAAGGGGUGGAUUCAGUGUAAAGUGUGGUUGCUUUUAGUAUCUCCAUAAUUAUGGACCAUGAGGGAGUUUAUCUAAAAGUUCAAGUGGCAGAGAUUAUGGUAGUAUUGUGCUUGGAUUAGGAUUAUGUCUUUGUAUAUAGUGGCGUUCUGUUUGUCGAGAAAUAAAAAUGUUUUCAGCGGAAAAGGCCCAAGAGCUUGCUGUUAUCUGCAUCUAGAUUCCCGAUAUUGCCGUGACUUGAAAUUAUGUUUGGCAUCAUUAAUGUGGAUCUUGUCAUGGCAAGGGACCAGUUCCUUCUAGUCAAUGUUGCUGCUUGUUAACUUCCAAGUGUUGAAAGUAGUAGAUGGAAAAAGUGGUGGUGAUGUUUCAGUUGCUACUCUGUCUUCAUGUUGUUCCAGCAUAAAACUGCUCCAUGUUCUAGUUGUUCUCAGUCGCUUCAUGUUGUGUAUAGCACUAGUAGUAUCAGCUACUUAUGGUUGAUGUAUUGAGUCUGUGUUCCUGUGCUUCAUUUAUAUAUGUUUGUUCUUUGAACAAGUUUGGUUUA